CAACAAUCGCGACAACAGCAUCCCAACGGCCAGGUGCCAUCUACACUCCUUUUGAAGCUCACCUGCUUCAGCUCUUUUCUUAAUUGACAUAUUUGAAUACGACGUCCCCUCCCGUAGCGUUACGCUUUGCGCUCUAUCUGCACCAUGGCCACCAUCAUCAACGCAAACGCGACCUCCAAAACCCCGCCCUCGACGGCGCCACCAGUUGAGCCUCUGAAUAAUGACGCAGCACGUCUAUAUACACAUAUACACCCAGUUCUUGUGCUCUCGCUCUACGCGUUCAGUUUCAGCUCACUCGUCGCCGACCCUGCCUCGACGCUACUCAACACCCUCGCCCCGCUUGCCAUACUACAGAUAGCAUACGUAGCAGUAUGUUUACCGCCAACGGGUGGCACUCCGACGAUUAGGAAGCAGAAGCCAGGAGAGAAAAGAAGCAGAGUACCGAGCAAGUUGGAGAAUGGCUUAAACGGGAAAAUUGUUCCGGCUUUCUUGUCCCUCCUCCUCACCGCGCUCGCAGCAACACCCCUCCUCACAGCGAUCCUCGUCCUCUUUGGCGCGCCCGUUACCACGCAUCAUCCGCACACGCUGCUCUGCGGCGCGCACGUCGCUUUACUCAGCACGCUCCCGCUCGUAUAUGUACACGGUGUGAAUGGUGAGACGUGGAGACAGGUGGUUGCGCUGCUGUUGCCGAUCGAUGAGGUCUAUGGAGGGUUGAUUGGAACCGUAGUAGGGGCAUGGCUGGGCGCGGUGCCUAUACCGCUGGACUGGGACCGCGAAUGGCAGAAGUGGCCAGUCACUAUUGUUACGGGAGCUUAUAUUGGAUAUGCAGUCGGCAAGCUGCUAGGCGGAACAUUACUGAAGGGCAAGAAGAUCAUGUUCGAUUAAGCGAGUGGAUAUAGUCACAUCUAGUACGACGCGUCCUGUUGGCGCUAUUGGCUUGUACAUGCUCAGAUUUGCGAGCUCCCAAAGAUAUAACAAUCAACAUCGACACAAUAAGCCAGGUUGUGUUCCACACUUUCAGUUCUUUCUCGACGGACUUAGGGCUUUAAACCCGUUUGUCUUGUACUCACAGACCAAACCGAGUCGCAUGCCGCAUACACCAUCCGUGUCGCUAGUAUCCGAUGCCAAGAGCCCACUCCCUAGAUUUGUCCGAGCAUCCUCGGGAUAUUGUCAAUAGUAUGCAUGCAGAAUACUUAGCAAUUUCAUUUGGCUGGUCGGAUUCAUGUUUUAUUACCUUUCUCUCCGGACUUUGUAGUUGCGCUAGUGGACUGGUUACACUGCUCCCCGCAUUGCCGCAGCUUUCGGAGCUUGCUUUCGGCACCGCCC